AUGAAUGUAUCAACAAGUGCCCUUGGAGUUAGAAGAAGAAAAGUAGCUACACAAAAUAUAGAUGAUGAAGAGAAUUCAGCAGUUUUAAAAUUAGGACCAGAAUUUCAACUAGAUCAAAUUACAAAUCAAGGAGAGAAACAAAAAUUGAUAGCAUUAAAUGUAUCAGAAGCAAGAUUAUUAAUUCGAGCAGCAUUAAAAGAACGUAAAAAAUCUAAUAAUAAGAAAAAAUCAGUGAAUAGAAAUGGAGGCAUAGAUGCAAUGGAUGAAGAUUCUCAUCAUAAUAAUAAUCAUAAUAAUCAUCAUCAUCAAGAUGGAAUGGAUAGAGAUGUUGAUGAAGAAGAUGAAGAUGAUAUUGAUGAAAAAGAAGACGAGAUUUCAAAUAUUGAUUUAGCUGGACCAAAUUCAAAUGAAGUUGUACAUAAAACAUUGAAUUAUUUAACUAAUUUUUCAAGAUUUAAAAAUACUUCAAGUGUUGAAACAGUUGAAAAAUUAUUAAAUGAUUUUAGUGAACAUUGUAAUGAACCUUUACAUCCUUUUGAAUUGGCUCAAUUGGGCACUUUAGAAUGUGAAGAUUCUGAAGAAGCAAAGAGUUUAAUACCUAGUUUGACAAAUAAAGUAUCUGAUGUUCAAUUACAAACUUUAUUAACUGAAUUAAGAAAAUACCAAACAUUAUCUUAG